AUGUCAGAGAAGUGCAGCAAGCGCGUCGUGGAUUUCCAGCACGGAACACGAUUGCGCACGGCGCGUCGAGCUCCAUGUGACGCAGAGACAGGGACGUUGGCCGCUGAGAUCGAGCACAGGCGGGGAUCGGGGUCGAACCUCGAGGCUACGCGACGUCGGCCGCUGCUUCUUGUCUUCCUGCCCUACGUCCGCGCAGGCUGGGGCCGCGAGCCGAAGAGAAGCCCGUCUGGGAUCGUAUCAGCCAUCCGCACGAUGACGUGCUUGCUCUCGCUGCGGUACGCUGCUGGGCCCAUCCCGUGGUCAUCUGGUCUGACUCGGAGCGUGCUCACGUCCGUGCUUGGACGCACUGGCAGACACGGCACGGCGUCGCAGCCCCGAGGCGUGCAAAUCCAAAUUCUAACCUCCCUUCCCAGCAUCCAGCUUGCUCCCGGCGCAGUGUCUCACGUCCAUCGCAUAUCGAGCACGUCGACAAAGAUGCACAAAGGGGCGCACUGUCCUUUCAACCUCAGCGCGGAACCAGAAGGUGGCAUCGACGCGUUGCCCAUUGCGGGGACUCAUCUUCUCUUUAGCUCCCCAUCACGACAGAGUCAAGGUCAAGAGGGAGAGUGGGAGCGUGCUCGGGAGCCGAAGAGAAGGCGAGCCCGCGCAGGCUCCGUGUCAAUGGUCUUCUGUUGCACACCAAGGACGAAGGGACGCAUAAGGGGCAAGUGGGCCGCGCCGCGUCUCCCUCCGCACAUCUGGUAG